GUUUCUAUAAAAAAGAAGAAAUGUCAAAUUGUUCUGUGCUUUGUGUGUACUAUUAAUAAUCAGCUGAGUUUUUGAUUAGAAACUUCAAUAUUUACUAUUUGGUAUAAUCCUUCCAACCUUAAAAAUGUUUUUUUAUAAAUGGUACUUGUCAUAACUGAAGUGUAGUUUGCAAGCCCUCGGUACUAAUUAAGCUGCCUAUAAUUUGCACAAUAAAUAAAAAUGAGAUGUCAAUUUUUAUUAAUUUUGAGUAUCAUUUAUUUUGCAGCAGAGGUAUAUACAAGUGAAUUAAUUGCCGUUGUCUUGAUUUUUAGACACGGUGAUAGAACACCUGUUGACCCUUAUCCAAAUGAUCCAUAUGGAAAUAAAUCUUAUUGGCCUGUUGGCUUUGGACAACUUACCAAUAAAGGAAAAGAACAACAUUUUAAGUUUGGAAAAUGGUUGAGAAAACGUUACAAUAACUUUUUACCUGAGAUUUAUUCAGAAGAAGACAUAUAUGUAAUGUCAACUGAUGUUGAUAGAACUCUGAUGUCUGCCGAAGCAAAUUUAGCUGGGUUAUAUCCCCCUGUAGGAGAAGAAAUAUGGGACAAAAAUAUGAAAUGGGUCCCAAUACCAAUUCACACACGACCAGUACAGUUAGAUCCAAUAUUAGCAGCUAAAAAACCCUGUCCUAAAUAUGAUAAGAUGUAUGAAGAACUUUAUGAAACUGAUUAUUUUAAACAUAUUACUCAUGAAAAUCAUGAUCUGUAUAAAUAUCUAACCAAAAAUACUGGAUAUACAGUUUCCAAUUUACAGAAGAUACAAUAUUUAUACAGUAAUCUUUUAAUAGAAACUUUAUAUAAUUAUACAUUACCGAGCUGGACAUCUAAAGUUUUCCCUGAUAAGCUGUUUGCUUUGGCAAGCUUAGGCUUUGCUGUAGAGACGUUUACAACUGAAAUGGCUAGAUUAAAAACAGGUCCUUUAUUUGAUCUCAUUAUAAAUUAUUUUACUAAUCGUACAAAUAAUAUUGAUGGUACGCCAAAAGUUUUAAUUUUAUCUGCUCAUGAUACAACUAUAGCUAACGUUCUCAAUUCUAUGGGAGUUUUUGAAUAUCACUGCCCUCCUUAUACAAGUACCAUUUUUUUUGAACUCAAAAGAAGUAGUACCAAAAAUACAUUUCUCAAUUUAUAUUAUAAAAACUCAAGCACACCUAGACAAAUUAAAUUGAAAGAUUGUGAUGUGGAUUGUAACUUUUCAGAUUUUGUUGAAAUCUUAAGACCAAUUACAAUUAGUUUAAAUCAAUGGGAAAUAGAAUGCAAAUUCAAUUUGUUUAUGUGGCCUCUUAGUUUUCAAUGGAGUAUAAUUUUAUCUUGCUCACUUAUAAUCAUUAUAUUGAUAACGUCUGCUGUAGUAGCAGGUAUUCGGUCCAAAAAACAAUGUACUACUAAUUAUUCACAACUUCCCAACGAAGAAUACACAUAACACCAUCAAAAUUAUCCACUAUAAUGUAUUGUGAAACAUAUUACCUAGCAAAAUUGAAAUUGGGUUUUGGUUCAUUUACUGUAAACAGUAGGUAAAGAAUUUUUGAUAUGGUAUCAUUGACCAUAAUAUAUAAACUGUGAAAAAUUAUUGUAAAUUAGAUUAUAUUCGUAAUAUAUUACAGAUUAAUACUAGUAUUUUCUGAUCCGUGAAUACGGAUUAAUCAUUUUCCAAAGGUACUUAACUAAAUUUAAUUAUAACUACUUAAUUUUUCAUACCUUCAAAUUCAUUAAGAAUUUCUAUUAUUUUUGUAGUUCAUUAUAUUUGCUGGCAGACUUUCUGAAUGUAAUGUUUUCCCUAUUUUUGAAUAGUUCUAUUCAUUUUUUUAUAUUUUUACAAAAAUUUUCCCCAAAAAAAUUUAUUUCUUUUCUAUAUGUCGUUAUAUAGAUUCUGAUACUUAUUAUGGAUCCAGUAUCUGUCACAAAAAAAUAGUGAAAAAGCUAUUGUUGUAUGAAUGUAAAUCAAUAAAAAAAGUAUUUAAAUCAAUAAAAAAAUAUUUUCAUGAAAUUUGCUAUAUCGAACUAGAUCAUUUAUUAAUUUGAAUACAGUGGUUUUACACUAUUAGCAAACAAAAAAGUUUGAUAACAUUUAACAGCAAUAGUUUUUUUUACAUCAAACAACUGGUGGUAAUUUUAGCUCGUCAUAAACUACUGUUCAUGAGUGCAUAAAACUAGUUGUGUGCCAUAAUUUAGCUUGCCACAGAUCUAGAGUAAAAUGAUUUAAAGUAUGCAUGUAUGAGUCACAAUACAACACUAGUUUAUAGUGACCAGUUAUCACUAAUAAAGUCAUCCAUCUGAGCGAAAUUUACAAAUGCAAUGAUGUUUUAUACUAUUAGUAUUAUUUAAAAAGAGCCAAAUUAAACAUCUAAUUCCACACUUUUACGAUGGAAUAAGAGUGGUUGUUAGCAAUGACGUUUGGCAUGUGACUUAAAGUAUUUUAUGUUGUAUUAUAUUUAUAUUGGAUAAAUAUAUAUGUGUGUACUUAAGUAAUUGUACAUUCCAGAAGAGAUUGAAAUAGUUUUAAGUAUAUUAAAUGUUCUCAAAUGAAAA